AGCACCAAGGACCAAACAGUUGGUUUAUGAUCAACAUAUAAGGCAGGGGAGAAUAUCUUCUUAUUUUCAGUUAAUUUGCCCGUUUAAAAUAAUUUAUUUCUUAAGAAUAAGCCCAAAUGAGUCACUCUUAAGUAAAUCAGAUCAGUCACUAUACCACAAUUCUUUAAAUACAAUUAUGGGUCUUCAGAUUAUCUAUGAGACAGAUGUUGGAGUGUGAAUGUGUGACAUAGUCCAGUGACCGGAGAACAGCAGAGCGGCGCUGUGAGAAACGAUGAGGGGAAUAUGAGGUGGAUGUGGCUCGUCGCCUGAGGAAGUUAUUGGAAAUUAUGAAAUGACAUCACCAGUUUUUUCAUGGCUUUGUUCGGUGCGUCUCCUGACCACGCCUUCCUGCCACCGCGAUCAUAAAGCAGCCAGGCUGCGUGAGUGUGUGCACCAGUUGAACUCCAGUCGGCGCAGACAACAGGUGCACUACAGCCUCCCUCCACCUCGCCGUUGGAUAAUGCCCACAGAGCGCUCCUCGUCGCUUUGCGCCGGGCUUCCUCAUCUGCACUUUGAACAUUUGCACGCUUUUAUAUCCUGAUCGCUUCCAGAUACAGAAAAAAAAUGCCUUUUCCGCCCAUCAGCCUCCACCAGCGGAUCUCCUCUCCUGGCAGGGAACUAUUCGGGAAAAAGAAAGCCAACGGAGUGCCUCCUCAAUCUGAGCUCACCAGCAAAUCCGGUGGAGAGAAAGGGGGGUCCGACAAGGAGAAGCAGUCCUCUUCUUGGACCUCGGCGAAUUUAAGGAAUUUGGGGCGAAAAGCCCUGCAAGAGAAGCGUAAAAGCCCAGCUCAGAAGCCGGGGCCCGCUCAGGAGUCUCAGGGAAAGGGCUCCUGGCUGUCGGUGCCCAAACCUCAGGACUCAUCGGAGGGAGUCAGGCGCUCCAGCUCCAUGGACUCUACCAGACAUCUCCAAGGGAAAGACGAAGGAAAGAAGGAGAUUCAGUUUACCCUCAGCCUCACCCCCGAGGCCAUUCUCGUCAUCCAAAAACGUAAUCUAGAAAAACAGAUGAUGGCGAAGCAGCAGAAGUGUUGCGCCUCCGCGGACUUCCGGCACCGGCGAGUUUUUCCAUCCAAAAAGACGCACGGAGGGUCCAAGGGCUGCGCUCCUGUCGCCAAAGUGGAGAGCGCCGAACAGGACAUCACCGCCAUCGUUAAAAUAUCUCUGUUGAAUGAUCAAUACAAGUACGAUGAUGUGGAGUAUGAGGAAGAGGAUGCGGAUGUGGAUGAGACUGUUGUAAGGAAAUGUAAAGAGUGGCUGAAAGGGGUCGAAAACGCCGCUGCUUUGGGAAAAGUCGACAAACUUUCUGCACUCCCGCACCUUAAAGGCUGCUGACACCUUACGCCUGAUCUCUUACUUCUAAACUUCCAGUGAAGAGACGAUGGACUCGCACUGAUGUAGGCCUGCUGCGGUGGCAUCCGAAAUUCGAGUCUUGCAAAUUGAACGUUUGUAAAUGAGAGGAGAACACACUUGUCUCCAGAGGAAUGUCAAUUUGUCUUAAUAAUAAUUUCCUAAAAUAGACGUUACGACCUUAAAAUAAAAUGACAUUUACUCACGAAAACAGAAAUAGAUGCAUAAACUGCAUUGGAAUAAGAUUAAAUCUGACAUUCACUUCUUAACAAGAAUCAGAUUUUAAAGCUUAGCUAUUUGCAGCCUAACUCAUCCAACAGUGCUUGUUAUGGUUCACAGGGACGUUGCUUUGCGAGUUUAAUGGCUAUUCAAUGUUUUGUUGAAGUUUGAUUUUAAUACCUUAAUAUUCUUGUCCUUUGCACAUGGUUUUUGUUUUCAGCGGGGCGCCUGUGGAUUGGCAGAGAGCUUUGCCUAAAGGGACGCGAAACUGUUCCUUUGUGCUGGAGAACAAUAAGCUGUCAACAACAGGGCUUUAUUUGCGCCUGCUGCAGAAACCAAACUGGACUGUUUAUUUUUCCUCUAAUGAGAGGGUUAUAUCCUUUGUAGGGAUUUAUCAGUGUUGUACAGUAUUUAAUAUUUACUAAAUAUUUGUACUGUCAAACGUUUUCUCAGCUGAUGAUUUUAUGCCAUUUGAAGUAAAACGUUUUUUUUUUAAUUAUACAA